UAGCAGAGGCAAUUCUCAGUAUUUUCUAUGGAACGGUAUUUUCUUGCAUUUAGUAGCCGUGACAAAUAGCUGCACUAACAAAUCAACAUGUUGGAAAGGAGCAAUAAUGCAUUGCUUCGCAAUGAUCAUUAAAAUGAUUAAGUUAUUGCUUUUGCAGACUGGUCAAGAUUUUGGAGAUAUAGAUGCCUUUGCACAAAAAAUACUGGACCAUUAGAGUUUUGGAACACUUUGUACCAGAUAAUUAUGUGGCCCAUUGUGCAAAAAAAGCUCCUGUAGAACAGAUGCACUGCCCACAGAAUCCUUCAGUGAGUGCUGACUCUUUAGCUAUAGAUAAUAGUAUAUUUUCUGGUGACCGAACACAGAGUCAGGUACAGGCGUCUGGUAUCUGAAGGAGUUGAAGGAUCCUGCUGCAAAGCAAGAAUUGAUAGCAUUCUGAGCAUUACCAGCAGUUCUAUAAUAACAGAUCCACCCUUGUCCACCACUGUCCAUGCAGUAUGACAUUGGAAUUAGAGAUCUUGUGAAUGAAAGAAAGUUUAUUGUAUUUGAGUCUUGCCUUGAUGUCUUGCUUCUUAAGCUUUCCUGUGGGUUUGGUGUGGACUGUAGUGCUCCCAUUGUUGGACUUGAGAAGCACAAGGAGGGGUGGUUGCUUGUCUGUAAUUGGACGCUGUUCCAAAGGCCACUGCUUUCAUCUGUGGGACAGCCAACCUGUAGCAGGAGACGUUGCACUGGGUAAUCUUUUGUCUUCGGCUGCUGUGCUUUUUAGUGGCUCCAAUUUUUAUAAGGUUGAAGAUACGAGUCAGCUUUCGGGCCUACAGCUUAUUCCCUAUGACAUGCACUUAUAAAUACCAGCGUAUAUUCCUGUUUCCUACAAUUGAUAAGCACUGGCAGUAUGAACGUAGAAGGCUCAAAGAAGCAAUGGGACGGAAAAAAAUGUGCCAUUUUGGAAAUAAAGUAUGAUGUUUGGCUCUAUGCCCAAAAGGUGAACAGACAAUUGGUGGCCACCAGAAAAAGGAAAAAGUGUUCACAGAUUAGCAAGUGGAUCCCUGCAAUCAUUCAACACUUGGAAUGGGCUUCUAGAACUAGUCAUGGAGAUGUGGCAUUGCUGCAUGAGAAGUGGCAGUCGCUUCUCUUACACAUUACCAGCAUAAGCGUGGUGGUUCCAGAGUGUUCCAUGCCUGUUGCCAUAAGGCUCUCAAAAGCGGUUCACAGUCUCUUCCCUGGGUUAACAAAAUGGAGUGCAGCCUUCCAUGCUUUACAUGACGUGAUUCUUUCCUCCAGGCUGACAAACGACUUGGCUCGUCUUUCUCAGUUUGGCAGCGGCAAAGAAGUUAUGCCAUAGUUUUCUUCAAAAAUAUAGGUCCGGUGAGGUCCACUUCAUGAUGGAUACAAGGAGCAAACUAGUAGCUCUUACAUACAGUGCAAAUGUGCACAACAUGUAACAUACAAAGCCUACGCUCUCGCCAAAAGUUAAAGAUGUUGGCCUACAGACUGACAAACUCAUUUACUCUGGAACCAACUGCCAUCUGUAAUGAAAUCGCCACCCAAAUGUUAAUUUGUUGCAUGUGCUUUUCGAUGCUGUAAAGUUGUGCUCCCUUAACCUGACCCAGAACUAGAUGAGCCCAGCUCCAAGGUGCAGUACAGGCCCCCGGAAACUGGCCAGUCUGAUGGCACAUCAGAUUAGUCGGAGGAACUAAGCCCUGUGUUUAAAUCAUGCCGAAUUGCAUUUCGCCCGGUUGCAAUAACAAAACUAACAAAACAACACACGCAAAAGGAGUGAUAAUGCAUUGCUUCCCACCGAACAUUACAAUGAUUAAGUUGUGGCUUUUGCAGAUCGGUCGAGAUUUUGGAGAUGUUGAUGCCUUCGCCCAAAAAGUACUGGAUCACAAGAAAAAUGGCGUGUUUCGUUUGUGUUCAGAGCACUUUGCAGCCGAUAGUUAUGUAGACCACUGUGCAACAAAGCGGCUUAAAACAGAUGCACUGCCCACAAUUUUUCCGUACCGGAAAACAGCUCCCGUAUGGGAUACUGGAUUGUCAUCUUUCUUUAACAUAAACGCCUUAUCUGCAAAGUGUUCACUGAGCGCCUCGCCAUGUUCUACAAAUGAAGGUAGUAGUCGUAAUCCCAACAAUAUAUCCACGGGGAAAGCGAUUUGCAAAUGUGUACGUAAGAAAAUGGUUGAUGCAAGCACGCUCACGGAUCCAGCAAUGUUCUCCAAAGAUGACUCUUUGCCGUGGCAAGAGAUACAUGGAAGUGGCAAAGGACUGAAAAGAAAAGGCCACCACACUAAGUUCUCUAGAAUAAGCUGCCAAAAUCCUUCAGAGAGGGGUGCCUCUCUAGGUAUAAGUAAUAGGAUGAUCUUUCUUAAUGACCAACCACAAAGUCAGGUUUCUGGAAUCAAAGCAAAAACUGGUAGCAUUCCAAACAUUUCCAGCAGUUCUGUAAUAACAGAACCACCCUUCUCCAUGCACUAUGAUGUUGCCAUUAGAGAUCUUGUGAACGAAAGAAAGUUUAUCGUAUUCGAGUCUUGCCUCGAUGUCUUGCUUCUCAAGCUUUCCUGUGGGUUUGAUGUGAACUGCAGUGCUCAUAUUGUUGCACUUGAGAAGCACAUAGAGGGUUCCUGGUUGUCUGUAAUUGGACGCUGUUCCAAAGGCCAUUGCUUUCAUCUGUGGGACAGUCAACCUGUAGCAGGAGACAUUGCACUGGGAAAUCUAUUGUCUUCAGCUGCUGUGCUUUUUAGUGGCUCCAAUUUUUAUAAGGUUGAAGAUAUGAGUCAGCUUAUGGGCCUACAGCUUAUUUCCUACGACAUGCACUAUAAUUACCAACGUAUGUUCCUGUUUCCUACAAUUGAUAAGUACUGGCAGUGUGAACGCAGAAGGCUCAAAGAAGCAAUGGGACGGAAAAAAAUGUGCCUUUCUGGAAAUAAGCAAGGUUCCAAAUACUCUACAUACACCUUCACUGACGUCGAGACAAAACAUAUUCUAGAUUUUCAAGUAGUGCAGAAGUCAAAGACUUCUACGUCCCUAGAGAUGGAAAAGCUCGUCUUUGAAACGUGCUUAGAUCGACUUCUAGAAGAGCAUUAUGAUGUCGAGACCAUUGUAACAGACCAACAUCCCGCUAUUGAAGAACUGAUGUGUGAAAAGUACAGUCCUGUUGUUCAUAAGUAUGAUGUUUGCUUUUAUGCCCAAAAGGUAAAAAGACAGUUGGUGGCCGCUAGCAAAAGGAGAAAAUGUUCACAGAUCAGCAAGUGGAUCCCUGCAAUCAUCCAACACUUGGAAUGGGCUUCCAGAACUAGUCAUGGCGAUGCAGAAUUGCUGCGUGAGAAGUGGCAGUCACUACUCCUGCACGUUACAAACCACGACGAACUGGAUGGUUUCAGGGUCUGCCACGUGUGUUGCAAUAAAGCUCUGAAUCCCCAUUCACGGUCACUUCCCUGGAUCAGAAAAUGGAGUCCAGCCUUCCAUGCUUUACGUGGAGUGAUUCUUUCCUCCAAGCUGACAAAGGACUUAGCCUGUCUUUCUCAGUUUAGCAGCGGCAAAGAAGUUACGUUAUACCAUUGUUUCCUUCAAAAAUAUAGGCCCAAUAAGAUCAGUUUCAGGAUGGAUGCUGUGGAUGCAAGGACCAAACUGGCAGCUCUUGCAUACAAUGCAAAUGUACACAUGGAACAUAAGUUAAGCUUUGUAUCCUCGAAGGUGAAGGAUAGUGUUGACCCAUCGCUACUGAAACCACCGCCCAGGCUCAACUCAAAUACUCAUUUGCUGCAAAUGAUGUUGGAUGCUAUAAAAUUGUGUUCCCUUAACCAGCCCUAGAGCUGCAAUUCUAGAUAUGCCCUGCUCAAAAGUGCA